GGCUAUUUCAAUAUGAAUGACACUUGCAGAGUCUGCACUUCACAUUCACUAUAUAUGUGACAGGUGGGAGUCUUCAGAGAGCUGGAUGGAUCACACAGGGCAAGGCCUCAGGCAAGCCAACAUGGGGAAGAUCAUAUUCUACGAGAACCCAAACUUCUCUGGGCGCCAUUUUGAGUGCAGCAACGACUGUGCGGACUUGAUGUGCCAACUGAGCUGCUGCAGCUCCAUCAGAGUGGAGAAUGGCUGCUUCAUGAUCUACGAAAAGCCCAACUAUGCCGGGAACCAGUACUACCUGAGGAGAGGCGAGUAUGCCAACUUCAGUCACUGGAUGGGUGUAAAGAACUCUGUCAGCUCCUGCCGCCUCAUCCCCAAGGAAUCUGGGUCAUUCAGCGUGCGCCUCUAUGAGCGGAUCGAGUUCGGGGGUCAGAUGAUGGACCUGGCGGACGAUUGUCCCAGCGUCAUGGAUCGCUUCCACAUAAAAGAUAUCUUCUCCUGCAACGUGACGGAUGGUCACUGGCUUUUCUAUGAGCACCCAAACUACCAGGGCCGGGUGUACCUGAUUAGACCCGGGGAGUACAAGAGGUUCAGCGAGUGGGGUGGCAGGAGCGCCAGAGUCGGAUCCAUCAGACGCAUCAUUGACUACUGACUCUAUAUGCACCCAGGGCUGCAUAGAGGCUCUGGAAUGAUAUCCAGAUAAGUUUAGACGCAGACUUAGACAGACUCUAAUGAUCCAUGGGGGAAAUUACUUUGUCAAUUUGUCGUAGCUUUGUUGCACCGUAACUUCGUUGCACAUAGACGAAAUCUAUUAGAAUAUUCUCUAAUGUUUGAAUGGACUCAAUGCAACACUAAACAUUCACACACAUACAUCAACAACAACACACUGCUGGACGCCAUCAUAAUAAAGCAAUCUCUAAAUGGAGUCUUCUAUAGUUGGAGGAUCUGUACCUACAGGUUGAGUUGUGAAUACUGAUUGAUCUGAAAGUUUUAUGUAAAAAUCAACAUCUUCUGCUACCUCAGGAAUAAUGUUAAAAUUCUAAAUGAUUUCUUUAGCUUUUGUACCGAUGAUUAUGUGUCCAUGUUAUUAAAUAUUACUUUAAUUUCA